AUGUCUACGAGGAGGAUACCCCUGUCCAGCAACCAAAAUGUCGCCAAUUCGCCAAUGCGAGCCUCUACGGCUGCCCUCCAGGGCACCAAGAAGAGCCGGUCUCAUGCAGAUAUGCUGCGAGAAGAGCCCUAUGGCCAACCUCCGCCGGCCAAGCGUCAGAUGAUCGAGCGUUCUGUGGCCUCGCCGACGCGGACCAAAACUACCAGGACCAUUGUUCACCGAGUCGCUUCCCGAGCAACAGUAGGCGCCGGCACUACUGCUAGCACGACACAACGACCGUCGCAAAGCACCGUGUAUAAGCCAACCGAGGAGGAGCUCAUGAACCUACGCCAAUGGCAUACUCAGAUCCGCGCCAGGUUCCCCAAGAUGGUGUUCUACUUCGAGAGCAUACCGGAUGAUGUUCGCUCAAAGCUUGCGAAGCAAGUUGGCAGGCUCGGUGCUCGCGAGGAGAAGUUCUUCUCAAUUGAUAUCACCCAUGUCGUCACGACCCGGCCAAUUCCCUCGGAGAAAGCGCCGCAGGAUCAGGAUGAGGCUUCUGCCGUCACGCAAUCAGAACAACCCCAGACAAUUGAUCCUUCGCUUUUGAACCGCACCAGGGAUUUGACUACAUCGAGCACAAGCUCUGCUAGGCGAAAGCUAGUGUACGAUACGCCUUCGUCACGAAGGGUGCCGGCCCAUGAUCAGGAUGACGCCAUCAAGCGGCCCAAAGCACGCAGCACGGAUGUCUUACACCGCGCUCGCGACAUGGGCAAAAGGAUAUGGUCCCUGGAAAAGCUCCAGAAGAUCCUGGAAAUGGCAUUGGAGCCGGAUCCAUAUGUGCGGGCUGCGUUAGGUCUUGGUCGUGACAACGUACAGAACGCCAGCAAAGCCAGCGAGAAAUCCAAUCUUCUGCAGCUUCUGCACAAUGAGCGUGUUCACGGUCCCUCUGAUCGUGACCCUACGGUCUCAAACAAGGACCUCUACUACUUCAAGGGGCCCUAUAUCUAUGUGUACGACAUUGAAGAGAAGACAAAGCCCAUUAUGGUCCGGGAAUAUCCAAAGGUGUCCGACUCCAAAGAUGGAGAGUGGCCGCAGUUCCGCAUCGUGUCGCAGGGCCGGUGCCCCUUUGUUUUGGAGGAUCCCGAUCUUCCAGAAAGGGGUAACCGGGAGGAGACACGAGCCAGGGGCCGAGCUGUCAAAGAGGGUGAAGACACUGGCCCGCCGAAAACGAAGCCCGCUGAUAAACCAACGGUGCAGCCAAAGCCUACCGCGAGCAAGCGCACUCUCGCGCAGAUGGAGGAUGGGAACAAUCAAGGAGCCCCGAAUGUGCGUGCCACUGAGCCUUUUGACAGGUCCAGGGUCUCGAAUCCGCCGUCACUGGAGUUCCGCACGCAGAAUGCCUUUAUGAGCCAUGCAAAAGUGGGCCGCUUCGUGGCCGGCGAGCCUGUGGCAUCCGGAGUGCAGCCAUCCAAUGUUACGUCUGCGAUCCGAUCACAGAUGAUAUCAUCCACCACCGGCGGUUUAGGAGCGAAGGCAGGCACGAGUAAGGAGAUACACGGCCUUCAGCGGAAAGUUAUUCUGCAAAAGGCCAGCACGCCGGCAUUAUCCCAAGAUCUCAGCUCUCGACGAAUGGCCGAGAUGAGCCACGACAGCACCAUGAAUCCCCGAUCUGCCAGCGCCAGCAGAGUUGUGCAACAGAAACUCAGCACAGUCGAUGAAGAGGCGGCCGCCAGACAUCGAGAAACGCUGCAGAGGACCACAACUGUCGCUGCCGCUAAGCCCAAGCAGAAGAAGCGCGAUCCUAAGCCCGGUUACUGCGAAAACUGCCAGGACAAGUUUGCGGACUUUGACGAGCACAUCAUCUCCCGCAAGCAUCGCAGGUUCGCGGAAAAUGACGAGAAUUGGGCGCAGCUGGAUGCACUUCUGUGUCAGCUCGAGCGGGCUCCCCGAAACUAUUGUGAUUACCAAUAA